CCGGGAGAAAGAGCCUCGGCCUGCAGCAGUAACUAGUCAAGUGCUACGGAGCGGAAACGUUACUAGCAGGACGCUGCACAUAAAAUUGACUGUAUUCUGAGAUGGACCUGAUCGCGUGGUCCUGAUACAACAUGGAAAAACUGAACAGAGUGAACAUUCAGCUCGUAAGGACAUCUUUAUAGAACCAGUCUGUGUGGACAUACUGAUUCCCACAUGGAAACCAAUUUUAUGGGUGCCUGGAUAGAGUUUUGCUAAUGCAUGCAGAUCGAAAAGUGAUGCCAUCGGCACAUGGACAAAAUAAUUUCAACAUGGAAAAGCAGAAAUCCGUGAAUACUGUUUCUUCAACACAGGGUGGAGAAUCAAGUACUUUCAUCUGCACUGAGUGUGGUGAUGGGUUCAGCCAGUACUCCAAUGUGUUGGCCCACAUGGCCAUUCAUGGACCCUUGGAGUCAUUUUCCUUUGAUGGCUCAUCCAAUGGAUUUGAAGUCCCUCGAGAAUAUGUGCUACAAGAAAAUGGUACACUGACAGUUGUGGAUGGCUUGGUACAGUCACAUUCGUCUGUAAAACCAGUAUCUCCAGGAGUCCUGCCAUCACAUUUCCCUUCCCCUAUCAAACCAGCAUCUCCAACUUUAAGGCCACAGCCUUCUCCUUAUAGAGAUGUGUUCAGGCCAAGGCCAUCAGACUUGAACUCAGACAAGUCUCGUCAGGGCCAUUACCGUUGUGAAAUAUGUAGCAGAUCAUUUAACAGCCUGCAGAGUUUACAUCGUCACCAGCAGUAUCGAAAUACAGAGCGAGGUUACAAAUGUACUUUGUGCUGUAAGAUCUUUGAAGGUAGACAUGACCUUAAGAAACACCUCCAAGACCACACCAAUGAAAGGUUUCACUGCUGUGGUCAUUGUGGUAAGCGAUUUCUUAAAGUGGAUUCACUGAAUGCGCAUCAAAAAGAAAAUCACCCCUCCCCCAAGGCACCAGCACUGGGCAAAUCUGAGAAUAAGCAAGAAAAAAAGUUUGAGAAAACAUAUCCUUGUAGGAAGUGCAAGAUGAAUUUUUUUUGGAUGUCAGAUUUUCAGGCACAUUCACUGUACCACUGCAAAGGAAAAGAGGCUGAUGCUACUUUUGCAUCCGAAAUCGAUGCAAAUUCAAAGAACAUAGACACACCACUUGAAAACUGCUACAGCAAUGGGACAUCUAUUGAUGUUAUGAAUGGGGAUAGUAAAAUCUUUAGGGAUAGUAGCGGUGAGAUUGAUACGGAAUACUCCUUUACACCAUACAGAUGUGGUUUAUGUGGGGAUCGUUUCCAAAAGUUAACUGCUCUGAAGGAGCAUCAUCUCACACAUCAAACUCAAGAGGAAAUAGAUCAGAUGAAUCAAGAAUCACAAAGAACUUUUAAGCGAAGAAUACCGCCUAAAGGCAGACGUAGAAGAGGGGCUAAUCCAAAUGGCAAGCUGCAUCCUUGUAAGCACUGUCAUCGUGUCUUUAAUCAUUCUAGUAGUUUAUCACGGCACAUGAGAUACCAUAAGGGUACUAUGCACACCUGUGUGUUUUGUGGUAGACAUUUUCCACAGCGUUGUGAUUUAAGAAGGCAUAUAGCCAUGUACCACAAAGCAGAAUUGGAAAAGAAACCAGGUUUGAAACACCUAUACACAAAUCCACAAAAUGGGUCUGCUCCCAGCUCUCUUAAUGGUGAGAAAAACAUAAGCUCUCCUGAUGAGAAAGCCAAGAUCUCUUCUGACAAUGAACAAACAGAAUCACCAGAGCAGAAUCCAAAGGGGAAGCAAUCUGGAAAAGCAGGGCGAGUUAACUACAAGUGUCAGGAAUGUGGAAAGAGAUUUGGGUUGUUGUGUGUGUACCAACGGCACUUGCGCUAUCACAAAAAGGAACCUAGCAAGUGCCCCAGGUGUCCAGCUCAAUUCAGGAAUUCUUCGUCCCUUGAGCUUCACCUUCAAAACCACCCAAGCACUGGAGAUGCAUGUGAUGUUGGACAAACGUGUCACAGCACUGGUUCCAUUGGGGACAAUGUGCUAGAAAAGGGUAAUGUAGAGGACCUAGAGGAUGACUAUAUGGACCAUACUCCAAAUGAUAAAGGACAUUCUUCAGAGGUUCUUUAUGAAUGCACUGAGUGCACCGAGACAUUUUCAUGCUUGGAGACGUUUCUUCAGCACCAGACUUCUCAUGGCUCAGAAAACAAUGGGUAGCUAUGUUGUCAAACCCAUUAGUUAUUGUAAUUUCUAAUAAUCAAGCUCUCAGGAGUUGAGUGUUUUUGACUCUUUUGAAUGCAAAUAUUUGAAUUACUGUAUGGAUUAUUAAUUGAUGUGAAGUUUGUAAGGGUUAUUUUGCAUAACUACUUUUAUACAGAUUUUUUUUUUCUUUGGCAUGAGGAGAAAAAUUAUGUAUGUUGGUGAAUUUAAGAAACAAAUUUGAACCAGGAAAUAAGGUUUGGGUGGGGUGCAUACCAAAUGACUUUUGAAUUUUUUUUUAAAAAAUGGACACAACUACAAUGUAUGUUUGACAUUGGUAAAAUGCAAGUUUUAACCUAGUAUUCUCCCACAGACUACCGUUGUAGUUAACUUGGUGUCCCAUCAAUUGUUGACUAGCUAGGAUAAAUGUGUUGCUUUUCAUUGUAUUCUUAGUGGCUAACCAUGCUGUUGUCAAUCAUAUUGCUACAUUUGUCAUUGUUUAACUUGCAAAUAUGUGAUUUUUGAAAUUCUUUUAAUGUGUUCUAUCUUCCAUUUGAAAGGAUAGCAUUGUCACUGAAUAGAUUUUUAAUUGUGCCAUUAAAAUUGUACAGCAAAAUUA